CGUAACGGACGACGGAGGCUACGUGAAGAGUGGGGCGGCGUGACUGAGCUACCUGCUCCGGCUGUGUCUCCAGAAGCGUCGCGGCCCUUAAAACCUUGGCGACCGUGAAGGCGGUGGCCUGGCUGGGUGGAGGUGGCCGCGGCGAGAGCGCCGAGCCAGCUUGUAGCCUCGGGCUUAGGUUGGUGUGAUUUUAGUGGUUUUCGGGAUCUCUGCAGAGCUGUGAGUGAAUGGCAACCGGGUUAGAGUUGGAGGAAAUUUCCAAGCUUAUUUUUAAGGUGCAAUGAAAGCUGUCCAUAUUUUCUGUAUUGCCCUUUUGGUGUUUGGGAGUGUCUCUGAAGCCAAGUUUGAUGAUUUUGAGGAUGAGGAAGACAUAGUAGAAUAUGAUGAUAAUGACUUCGCUGAAUUUGAGGAUGUCAUGGAAGAUUCUGUCACAGAAUCUCCUCAGAGGGUGAUAAACACUGAAGAUGAUGAAGAUGAGACCACUGUGGAGUUGGAAGGACAGGAUGAAAACCAAGAAGGUGAUUUUGAGGAUGCAGAUACCCAGGAGGGAGAUUCGGAGAGUGAGCCAUAUGAUGAUGAAGAAUUUGAAGGUUAUGAAGAUAAACCAGAUACUACUUCUAGCAAAAAUAAAGACCCAAUAACAAUUGUUGAUGUUCCUGCACACCUUCAGAACAGUUGGGAAAGUUAUUAUCUAGAAAUUUUGAUGGUGACUGGUCUGCUUGCUUAUAUCAUGAACUACAUCAUUGGAAAGAAUAAAAACAGCCGCCUUGCCCAGGCCUGGUUUAAUACUCAUAGAGAGCUAUUGGAGAGCAACUUUACCUUAGUAGGUGAUGAUGGAACUAAUAAAGAAGCCACAAGUACAGGAAAGUUGAACCAAGAGAAUGAGCACAUUUAUAACCUAUGGUGUUCAGGUCGAGUGUGCUGUGAGGGCAUGCUUAUCCAGUUGAGGUUCCUCAAGAGACAAGACUUACUGAAUGUCCUGGCCCGAAUGAUGAGGCCAGUGAGUGAUCAAGUGCAAAUAAAAGUAACUAUGAAUGAUGAAGACAUGGAUACCUAUGUAUUUGCUGUUGGCACACGAAAAGCUUUGGUACGACUACAGAAAGAGAUGCAGGAUCUGAGUGAGUUUUGUAGUGAUAAGCCUAAGUCUGGAGCAAAGUAUGGACUUCCAGACUCUUUGGCCAUCCUGUCAGAGAUGGGAGAAGUCACUGAGGGAAUGAUGGAUACAAAGAUGGUUCAUUUUCUUACACACUAUGCUGACAAGAUUGAAUCCGUUCAUUUUUCAGACCAGUUCUCUGGUCCAAAAAUUAUGCAAGAGGAAGGUCAGCCUUUAAAGCUACCUGACACUAAGAGGACACUAUUGUUUACAUUUAAUGUACCUGGCUCAGGUAACACUUACCCAAAGGAUAUGGAGGCUUUGCUACCCCUGAUGAACAUGGUGAUUUAUUCUAUUGAUAAAGCCAAAAAGUUCCGACUCAACAGAGAGGGCAAACAAAAAGCAGAUAAGAACCGUGCUAGAGUGGAAGAGAACUUCUUGAAACUGACACAUGUGCAGAGACAGGAAGCUGCGCAGUCUCGGCGUGAGGAGAAGAAAAGGGCAGAGAAGGAGCGGAUCAUGAAUGAGGAAGAUCCUGAGAAACAGCGCAGGCUGGAGGAAGCUGCUUUGAGACGAGAGCAAAAGAAAUUGGAGAAGAAGCAAAUGAAAAUGAAACAAAUCAAAGUCAAAGCGAUGUAAAAUCAUCCCAGGGAUCUGAGUCCUUAAUGCUUACCCCUAAGCUCUGAGUUCAUAGGAAACAAAAAACAGGAGACCACUUCUCAUCUUAAAAUUGACAUAAUCUUGGUGACUGAGAAAUCCUUAUUUCAUCAACUAUUAUACUCUUGGUUUGGAGUUUUUCAGAGGUUGUAAACACAUUGAAAGGGCUCUGUUUCAGUAAUUUUCUUCAGGCAAUCAAAUUAUUUUGAUUAUUUUAUAAAAGGAAUGAUAUAUAAAUAUAUAUGUAGUUUUAACAUAUUUUUUAAAUUAUAAAUGAAUUAUCAGUGCUUUUAGUACUUUGAUGUUUGAAAAACUAUCAUGAAAUUUAUAGGUAGCUAAUUAGGUUGUUACUUUGUGUUUAAACUGGGCAGUUGAAAAGCUAUGGAGGCUGACUCUAAACCAAGAUUUUGCAAAUAACUAUUGGAAUUACACAAUAAAUAUUGCUUGGUGUUUU